GUUGUGGCCGUGGGAUUCCGACUCGAGGUUUUUGCCAGCGUGGAUGCUGGAGGAAGCUGGCAGGAGGUCGUACAUCCCCAAGGAAUCCGACUGUCCUUCAUGUUCCACCCGACGCGAGCCUCCUGGGCUCUGCUGUCAGUCUGGACGGAAGACUGCAAGCUGAAAAACCCCGGAACUCCUUGCACCCACAAGCUGCUGGUCACCGAGGACCUUGGCAAGGGCACGCUGAAACCGGUCUCCGAACACGUGGUGCAGUUCAGCUGGGGCAGAAAAGGGCACGCGGACCGCAUCUUUUACACCCACAUCAGGGACAAGAGCAAGAGACAGAACGUCUUGAGCAAGUGGAUGCAGGGGGUGGACUUCGUCUCCAGCGACGAUCUUGGUCAUAGCAAAACUACGCUGGUCCAGGGUGGGAACAAGUUCGUGAUCUCUGAGCAGUACAUCUUAGUAGCGCAGGUGAAGGAUGUAACUGCGCAGACCGUGAACCUCAAGGUUAGCACCGAUGGCUCGACCUUCCAGCAGGCCGCGUUGCCUACAGAGUUGGAGGAGAAGUCCUACACGGUGCUCGAUGCAUCCGAGGGGAUGGUCGUGCUGCACGUGAACCACGGGAACGGCCUUGGAAACAUCUACGUUUCG